AUGUUGAACAAGCCAUUAUCAUCGCCAGCCGCAAAUGAAUUCCGCAGUGACACCUUCACCACACCGACCCCGUCCAUGUUGGCCGCCAUGACCAAUGCAUCAUUCGGCGACGACGUGUAUCAAGAAGACCCCACCACAAUCGAAUUCCAGAACGAAAUCGCACGAUUGACUGGAAUGGAAGAUGCCCUCUUUAUGCUCUCUGGAACAAUGGGAAACCAAAUCGCAAUCCGUGUCCUCCUCAGCCAACCUCCACACUCUGUGCUGUGCGACUACCGCGCUCACGUCUAUGCCGAAGAAGGGUCUGGAUUGGCGGUGCUUGCCCAAGCCAUGGUAACCCCCGUUCAUCCGGCGAACGGUACGUACUUGACUUUAGACGAUGUCAAGAAAUGGACCGUUCUGGGAGACGAUAUCCAUACAGCACCGACGAAAGUCAUCAGCCUCGAGGUGACCAUAGGUGGAGUUGUGACUCCCAUGGAAGAGAUCAAAGCGAUAUCGGAGUUUGCGCGUGCCCAUGAUAUCAAGGUUCAUUGCGACGGUGCUCGCUUGUGGAAUGCCUCUGCAGCGACUGGUUAUUCUUUGGACGAGUACUGCCAGUACUUUGAUACCGUGUCGAUGUGUGUCUCAAAAGGGCUGGGGGCACCAGUUGGUGGAGUCCUUGCCAGUACCAGUUACAACAUAAAGCGUGCUAGAUGGUUGAGGAAGCAGCAGGGGGGCGGCAUUCGGCAAGCUGGUGUUCUUACGGCUCCUGCACUGGUGGCUCUAGAGGAGGUCUGGCCAACCAUGAAAGAGACGCACGAGAAGACCAAGAAACUGGAGAGAGACUUGGCGGCGAUUGGUGUUGUUCCUCAGAUUCCGGUUCAUACCAAUUUCUUUUUCAUCGACGCCAAGAAGUCGAACGUCGAUAUGGAGAUUCUGUUGGAGCAAUGUGUCAGCUAUAAUGUGAAGCUCAUGGAUGAGCGGAUUGCUCUGCACCAUCAAAUCAGCGAUGAGGCAAUUGAAGACCUUAAGGCUGCCAUUGCUGAAACAGUGAGAUUGACCAAGAACUUGCCACGAGGUCAUGCCACCAAGGUCCCGGCGGGUGGGUAUGGGAGUACCUCGAAGAUGAAUGAGUACAGCUAG